GCGGACGCCAUGUAGUGCAUAGGACGGAAGUAUGAUCAUCGAACAGAGGUGCUGAUGAUACGCGAUUGUGAGCGUAUAUAAGUCCUCCCCAAGUCUUCGAAUUUUUCUGUGCUUGGAAAUUACAUGAUUCGAUUGCGAAUUGUUGUAAGUGUGAAUUGUCGUUGAUUGAGGAGGAAGUGAAGCAAAGUGAGGAGUGAAAAUCUUCAGUCGAACUGAGUGCGUUUUUUUUUGUUUUUUUUUUUUCGACCAGUUUUCAUGGAAUUCUUCUUUCUUUCACGAAUAUUUCAUGAAUAUUUGAAACGUCUUCUUAGAGAAGAAAUGUAGGAAACGUUAAUUGUGUGUCUUGUGUGUAUAAUAUUGACAAUUAUUUGAUAUAUAGGACAUGUUAAGUCUGAUAACCUUGAUCAUCGAUAUUAAAGCCGAGUCAAUUGCGGUUAUCAUUCCGUCUGAAAGGAGAACAUUGAAUCAAUAUUAAUCACUAAUUGAUCAAAGGUUCACGAUGUGUUCAACAUAAACGAUUUGAGAGUGGCUGACACAGCGAUUGUUGUUAAUAAACUCGAGUUUGCAAUCGCAAUCUCAAUAUUUCCGUUGAUCGUACGCAACAUGCAUUACGUAGAUCAACGUUUCGAUCAAAAGUGCAUCAAUCGAUAGCAAUAAAAUAUCGAUGAAAAAUAUAAUUAUGAAUGAACGAUAAAUACGGAUGAUGUAUUGAAACCCAAGUGCCUUCAAGUGAGAUUUCUCUCGCUUUAUAACAAUGUUACUAUUUUAUAUAUAAAGACGUCGAAUGUGGGUUGCUGGAGAACUUCAUCUUCAUGGCAAACAUUAUACAACAUUAUUUUCAUCAGCAGGCACAUCUUAAUCUUCGUUUGGAGCAAAAUUGCGCGGCGUUUCGAUGAUAGUUUACGCGCUUCAAGAGUGAUCCCACAAGUAAAGGAACUGUGUGUGAUUAAAGAACACUCGCUGAAACGAGCACAAUGGCGACCAUGGGGGUGACCGUGUUUUGCAAUAGAGUACAAAUAAACGGCAACGAUCAGGAGCAAUUGAUGUUGCUGCGGACGCUGCAGGAUAACGAGAACAACAUCAUCGGCAACCAAUCGACGCUGAUAGUCCCGAAAAACAACGGCGGGAGUAACGCGACAAGUUCCGCGAGCGUGUUACCCCCGUACGACCCUUCUCGUUUGAAGAAACACGGGAAAAACGGGCAGCCACCGCCCGUCGCGGUUGCCCGAAGAAACGCCAGAGAGAGGAAUCGCGUGAAACAAGUAAACAAUGGAUUCGCGACGUUGAGGCAGCACAUUCCGAGCCACAUCGCCGCGGGUUAUGGAGACCGGGGUAAGAAGCUAUCCAAGGUGGAGACCCUCAGGAUGGCCGUCGAAUACAUCAGAGGCCUUCAGAGGCUCCUGGCUGAAGCCGACGGCGUCGAAUACGAUUCCAAGAUCGCUACCGGUGCACAAUGCGUUCCUUCUCCAACCAGCAGCGUCAUCUCCUCGAGUCACAACGGUUCCGGCGAGAGGCUCGUUCUGGAGGAUGACGUAUUGCCCGCGGAAGACGACGAGGCGGAGCAAUUGGAUGAGGAAGAGGACGGAAGUAAUGUCAAGUCGAAAAUUACGUUGUCUAGAUUAUCUCCUAAUCGAAAUACCAUCUCGUCCCCACGUGACUAUUACGCAUCCUCGGCAGGCGACGAGGAAAAUCUGGAGCCCCGAACCGCGAGCGGUGGACAGAAUUUUUCCAGACUAUCGCCAAAUUCCGUAGCCUCGCCGCCGUCCGAAUAUUACGCUCAAAACGAAGAGAACCUCGAGCCGCAAAUUCUUUCACCGUACAGCGGCGCCGGGGACAGCGAGGAGGGUGCGACGACUGUAUACGCGACCAGUCCGGAGACCUUCUCCGGGGCCCUUUACUAUAAGCAGGAGAUCACCGAGACGGGAGAAUUCAUGGACGUCGUCAGCUGGUGGGAACAGGAACAGGGUAGACUCGUUCAUCAACAGCACACGCAACGGCUGACGCACGUGUAACCGUAGUUACAGAUUUCAAUUAGGAAAGGUCAAUACUUGCAACAAUUCGAGGUCCAUUAUACGUCAUAAUAUACCUCAUUGAAAUUUCGCAUGAUCUCACUGGACGAAGAUCCACUCUCAAAGAUAUACGACGUCCAAAUAUAAGCGCGAGUGAUUUUGAUUGUGAUCAAUAGCAAAAGUCGGAAAAUUGUACUUAUCGUUAUAAUUCAGACUUACUCAUCAUUCCGUCUUUCGGAUCAUUAUUGAAACA